GAGAGCUAUUAAGGUGGGUAAGGGGUCCAUGAGAUCCAUGAGGUCGGAGGGUCGGAGAUCGGGGAAACAUUUCACUUUUUAUCCGAUAAGAGCUUCCAAAAGUCGCAACCCGUCGAUGCGGAUUGAAAUAUGAAUUGAACUUCAGUCUGUAUUUGUCUUCACAUUUCCCCGGAUACAUGACUCGCCAUAUUAUAUGUAAUGGCACGCACUGUCAGAUGGCGGAAGGCUUUCAAUUCCGAACUUUUCAGAAGCCAUUUGCAGGCUAAGGAAGCAACAGUUCAUCCACACCAAGAUACAAAUGCCUUCAUAUCAAAACCAAAAUUGACGUCCCCGGCUGAUGAUAAGUCAAAAUUGCCCCUUCACAAACAAGGUAUUGGAAAGGCUUCUUGGAUUGUAUUGAUGAAUGCUAAUAGCACAAGAGAAUGGUCUCAGGAAACUCCUCCCUAGGGUAUCGCGAGCUGUUGCCGUAAAAGACAAUAUAGCAACCAUUUCGGAAACAACAACAUGCGCAUCUCGGAUCCUCGAAACCUAUCAGAGUCCUUUCGAUGCUUCCGUGGUAGAAGAUGUCAAAGCUGGCACUGGACAUGUCGCGGGGAAGACGAACAUGGAUGAAUUUGGAAUGGGCUCGCAUUCAUUAAACUCACAUUUCGGUGCUGUCCGUCACCACAAGCCUUUCCGGUUGAGAUCGGUGGGAGGAAGCUCUGGUGGAAGCGCAAUGGCUGUGGCAACCAGCACAACUAAUAUGGCACUUGGUACAGAUACCGGUGGGUCAGUUAGGCUGCCAGCUGCAUAUACUGGCACUGCAGGAUUUAAACCUUCGUAUGGCAUCGUAUCUCGCUUUGGUGUGGUGCCUUACGCAAACUCGCUUGACACUGUGGGCUUAAUAGCACGUAGUGCGAGUAGAAUACACGAAAUCUUCCCGAGAUUGAGCAGUCAUGAUCCUCGGGAUCCAACGAGUCUCAAGCCCUCCAGUCGAUCCCGUAUCAAAGAACAACGAAUGGACUUUUUCGGAAAGACAAAGAUCUCUGCUACGCAUGAUCCAUUUUACCUUCGAGAGUUGAAGAUUGGUGUUCCAAUCGAAUACAACAUCUCAGAAUUGGACCUAGAAGUUUCAUGGGCGUGGCAACGAAUGUUGAAACUUCUUCAGCGUGAAGGAUGUACAAUCGUUCCCAUUUCACUUCCUAAUACAAAACAUGCCCUUUCAGCAUAUUACGUACUCGCCGCAGCCGAAGCAUCUUCUAAUCUCUCGAAAUAUGAUGGGGUAAGGUACGGAACUCGUGACCAAUCGAGUGAUGGGGCUGGAGAUGUCCUCUAUUCUGGGACCAGGGGCGCUGGCUUUGGAGACGAGGUGAAGAGGCGAAUUCUUCUUGGGUCAUACUCACUGAGUUCCGAUGCUAUUGAUAAUUACUUUAUUCAGGCACAAAAGGUUCGACGGUUGGUACAGAGAGAUUUUGACCGUGUCUUCUCCAUGCCCAAUUUUCUACGCCCAGAAGAACAAUUUGAUCUCAGUGAUAUGGAAGAAGGUAUUGCGCUCGAAGAUAAAUUGGGCCCCGCAGAAGUGGAUAUUAUCCUCUGUCCAACAGCUCCUACUCUUUCGCCAAUAGUUCAAGACAUCACUGAGCGCCAAACACCGGUCGAUGCUUACAUGAAUGAUGUAUUCACGGUACCUGCUAGUCUUGCUGGUAUACCCUCCAUCAGCAUACCAUGUAAAUUGCCAUUCAAGUUUUCUAAGCAGAGUGUGCCUUCAACUGUUGGCAUUCAGAUCAUGGGCCAGCACUCAGACGAUGGUCGCGCUUUACAGGUUGCCUCCAUGUUGGAAAUGUUGUGGGAUUCUCAAGUAAAUGAAGGUUGGAACAAGGACUUCCACGAGUGGCAAGAACGGAGCUUGAAAGUAUCAGACGCGGAUAUCGUAUCCUUGUCAGAAAUGAUAAGACAGGCAUCGACUUCCGAAGAGGCGGAAACACUUAGGGAAAGGCGCGCCGAGAAGAAAAGACAGCGUCGGGUACAAACCAGGGAGUUUCAAAGGCAGGUGUGUGAAGAAGACAUGGACAAAUGGCAGAAGUUGAGAUUUGGAGACCAGAGGCCAACCCAAACAGCAAGUAUAGCGUGAUGAUUAGUUUAUGCCUGACGUUUGGUUGUCACUAAUCGGAGAUCUCUAUGGGAAAGGACCACACAAGCUUGUGGUAAUGGCCCGAGAUCAUCUUUGAUCUCAUGAAUCCUGAUAGUAUUCAUCCUCUCGGUUGUCAUUUGCUCGUUUGUGCAACAAUUUCAACUCUAUAAAAUAGAUGGCGAAUGACAGUAUGCAAAUGUACUUUUAAAUUCAGACGCAAGGCGUUCGUACAACAGCUUCCUGUACCUCGCCACAGAAAGAUCUUGAAAAUUUCGAGGGCGACAGUUGUGUUCCUCAAUAAUAUUCAUUCAUGGACAACGCACGUUGCUUCGCGAUCUACGAAGCAGAAUAAAUGCUCCA